AUGAUUAUUUUUUAUCCUUCCUUAAAUUUCUAUUUGUUUUUAUUUAUUAGUAUUAUUAAAUUUACCCUUUUAUAUACCAAAGAAGUAAAUAAAAAAUGGAGAGGUACAAUUUUUGGAACUUAUAAACCUUCUUCUUCUUUAUAUAAUAAAAGAAAUAGAUAUAAAAAAUUAUAUAUCUUAUGUAAAUAUAAUUUUUUAAAAAAUGUUAAGAGUAAAAAGAAAAAUUUAUAUGUUGAAAAAAUUAGAAAUUUCGAUUCUUUAAUAGGUGGUGAAGUUCUAAUUAAGCAUGGAACAUUUAAAGAUUGUCAUGGUGUUAUAUUAGAUAUAAAAAAAACACAAAAAGAUGAAUAUGAAUUUCUAGUUGUAAUUAAUCAAAAUGAGUUAAUAAAAUAUCCAAAAAAUAUUUUAAAAAAAUUUGGUAAAAGUUAUUGGUUUAAUAUUAAAGAAUUACAAAUUCAAAAAAUUAAAAAUUCUUUUUUUAAUGAUUAUAAUAAUUUUUAUAAUAAAAAAGAACAACCUCAAAAUCAACAAGACAAUAAUUUACAUAAUAUAAAAGAACAAUUAAAUAAUAUUCAUGAGAACCUCUUGUUACAAUAUGGACAUGAAAUAAAUGCAGAUGAUCUUUUAAUUGAUACCUUGGGUGACUUCAACUCAAAAGUGGAUACCCAACAAAAUGUGCCUCAACCUAUAAAUGGAGAUAUACAAAUGAGUGAUGAUAAAAAUAUUUUUGAAGAUAUAAAUGGAAAUAUAAAUGGAGAUAUACAAAUGAGUGAUGAUAAAAAUAUUUUUGAAGAUAUAAAUGGAAAUAUAAAUGGAGAUAUACAAAUGAGUGAUGAUAAAAAUAUUUUUGAAAAUAUAAAUGUUAAUAAUUCAUCUAAGUAUGAAAUACAAAAUAGUGAAAAAAAAAGUUCUGAGGAAAAUUUUGUAAACGAAGAUAUGUCUGAUAUUCAAUCCUUAAAAAAUUGCUAUAUGAAAGGAGAUCGAAAGUACUUGCGUAGUAAUUUUUGCCAUAGUAUUAUAAAAAAGAUUGAAAAGAAUUAUAUAUAUGAAGAUUUGCUUAAUUUAUAUAAAGAAAAAAGACAUGUUUCGAAUAUGGUUGUAUGUUUUUAUAUAUUAAAACAGCUAGUAAAAAUAUAUAAUUUUGAAAAAGAUGAUAAAUAUUUUCAUGAUUUAUUUUUAAAAAAAGUUAUACACAACAAUAUUUUUGAAACAAUUUUAUUAGAUAUAAAAUAUUUUUUAGAAAAAAAAGAAAUUUAUAGAGUUGUAGAUAAAACAUGGUUAUUAUGGAUUUUAAUUAAAUUAAAUAUUCAUAAAGAAGAAAAAUAUAAAGAAAUAUUUCAACAUAUAUUAGGUCAUUUAAUUGAAUAUAUACAUUUUGAUAUUUUAAAAAAAUUAAAUACAAAAAGUUUAUGUGCUAUUUUAUGGAGUCUAGCAAAAUGUUCUUAUUUUAAUUUUAAAAUAUAUAAAAAAAUUUUAUAUUUUCUACAAAAAUAUAUUUCUAUAUUAACUUGUCAUGAUAUAUCAAAUAUAUAUUAUUCUUUAUCAUUAGUAAAUUAUAAAGAUAAUUUCUUUUUUGAUCUUCUUGAUAAAGAAAUACAAAAAAAAAUUAACAAAUUCCCUAUACAAAGUCUUAUGAAUAUAAUAUGGGCUAUGACAAAAAGUAAAAGAAAUAAUGCUUCAUUUAAAUUAAUAAAGGAUAAAUUAUUAUUUUUUUCAACCAAUUUAGAUAUAAGAAAUAUUAGUCUAUUUUUAUGGUGUCUAAAUAAAAAUCAUUAUUAUAAAGUUAAUAUUAAUUUUAAAGGAAAAAAUUUUCAACAUUUAAAUAUUAAACAAGCCAUGCAAUUAUUAAUCUUUUUUAAUUAUAAUAAAAAUAAAUAUGUAGAAUAUCUUAAAUAUGUAUUAAAUUUUCUUUUACAAAAUAUUCAUGUUUUAAAUAAUCAAGAAAUUUGCUUUCUUACAUAUUCCUUGGCAAAAUUAAAUCUUUUAAAAAAAACAUUCCCAAAAAUUAAAGAACAUAUAUUACAAAGAAAUAUAAAAUAUUUUAAUAUUAUAGACAUUAAUAUGUUAAUAUUAUCUCUAAAUAAUUCAAACAUAUAUGAUAAAUCAUUAUUAACUUAUUUAUUACAAUCACUAAGAAAUAUACUCAAUCAAAAUAUUCAUAGAACCAUAAAUAAUAAUAAUAAUAAUAAUUAUCACAAUGAUAAUAUGCUGUUAAAAAAAACUUUCAAAGAAAAAGAAAAUUGUAUUAAUUUUAAUUUCAUUAUGAAAAAUUUAUCAGAAAUGAAAUUAUAUGACCAAACUAUUCUUUUAAAAUAUGUCUUUUUUUAUUCUAAUAAUAUCAAAAAUAUUUCACUUGACGACCUUGUUGAUUAUUUAUUCUAUACAACAUCAGUAUAUUAUCCACCUAAACCAAACAUUUCAAAUGUUUUAAAAGAUAAAUAUAAAUAUGAUAAUAAAAAAGUCAUAAAUAAUAAUAUAUACAAUGAUAAUAUGUUUAAUGAUAAUGUCUUAAAUGAAAAAGUCUAUUCCCGUUUAAUAAUAAACAAGGAUGAUAUUAUAUUACGAGAAAAAAACAUGAGAAAUAUAUAUCAUCACUAUUUAAAUAAAAUUGUUUUAUUUUUAAAAGAAAAAUUAAAACAAUUUGAAGCUCAAUCAUUUCUUGAAUAUUUGAAUUAUCAAAAUCUUGAACCUCAACAAAAUGAAUUAACCGAAAAAAUUUCCAUAAAAAAUGAUACAUUCACUUUUAAUUAUAGAAUAGAAAAAGAGGAAGAAGAAGUUAAAAAGUUAAACGAACUUAUUUUAGAUAAACAAAAUGUGGAACCACAAAAUCAUUUACAAAAUAUUAUUUCGAAUGAGGAAUUCUAUUCCUUCGUAAAUGCAAAUGAAGAACAAAAUGAAACAAAUGAUAAGCUUCAAACUAAUGAUAUAAACCAAAAGUGUCAUAAUAACUAUAAACAUAAUGAUAUAAAUGAAAAAUGUGAUAAUGUAGUAAAAAAAACUGUAUAUUUUAAAUCUCUUAAUUCAUUAAUACAUCUAUUUUAUUCAUUUUCAUUUAUGAAUGUAUUUGAUAAAAAAAAAAUCGAUUUUUAUUUCGAUAAUUUAUAUACCGUAAUCAAUACAAAGAAAAAGGAAAUGACAGCCUAUCAGUGGCUUUUAAUUAAAGACCUCAUAAAUUUAUCAAAUAUAAAAAAUAAAUCACAAUGGCAUAUGUUACUCGAUAAAGUUCAUACAUAUGUUAGUAAUGAUGAUGAACUUGAAAAUCAGAAAUUCGAGACUAUAAAUAUAGAUAUUUAA